UCUAUUGGAGCCAUUCUCGUUGGCUUCGUUUUGUUGUCGCAAUUCCAUUUUGAGGGUUUCGUUGUUCGGGGAUUUGGUUCAGUGCUGAAUGCGGACUCCAUUUUGGUGAGAGGACGUGAUUUUUGGGGGAAGAAUUUGGUUGUGUCUGAGGGAAGAAGAAGGAGAUGGCGGCGAAGUUGAUUGCGAAUUUGAUCGUGUUGGGGUCGGGUGUGGUGGUGAGAGCCUUCUCACAGGCUUACCGGCAAGCCAUCGUCAACGCGAGCAAGACGGGCGUGGCUCAGGAGACGGUACAGAAUAUGGCUCACAAGGUGAGUAAGACGAUGACGGAGCACGAAGCCAGGCAAAUUCUCGGGGUGGCAGAGAAUGCGCCGUGGGAGGAAGUGGUGAAGAAGUACGAGAUUAUGUUUGAGAAUAAUAUGAAGGUCGGGUCGUUUUAUCUUCAAUCCAAGGUGUUUAGGGCCAAGGAGCACUUGGAGCAAUCCAGGCCCCAGGCGGAAGGGCAAGCGCAGGAACAGGGGCCGGGGCAGUGACGUCCUCGUCUCAAACUGCCACCUGUUAGUAGAUUGUGCAUUGCUUAGUUGCUUCACCUGUGUUUUGGUAGGGUUGUAAUGAAUCCGAGUGCGAAGACGAACAGGGUAGAGAAGAACUCCCCGUCGUCGAAUGUGCCGAUGCGGUUACUGUCUUGCUCUUCGAUGUCGGAACCAUAUCCCCUGAGAUUGCUGACUCGGAUACAAUCGUGACCUGAAGCCAUUUUACAUUACCACAGCUAGGCUAAUAGCUGAAUGUUAGCCAGAGUCUAAUCUGACAUUAUUGAAUUUUUAGUGUAACCUUGACAUGUCCAGUGGCCUGUCGAGUCUUGAGAGCUUUUGUGUAAGCUGUAAAUGUAAGAACUUGAAGAUAUGGGCAAUUUAUCAUCAGUUUCUCUGCGACCAUCAUGAUCUACUGCGAGUGGAAGCAUCCUGCGGGGAGCAGUACAGCAGUUUUAUUCAAUAUACUAAUAUACACAUGGAUCCAUCAGCACCCACAAACUGUAUUGCCAUCCAGCGGAAGUUCUGUUUCAACCACUGAAAUGGGAAGCAGAGCUCUGGAAACUGGUCAUUAUUCAUUGGAAACUUUCCGUAUUGGCAUGUUGCAUGCGUUUUGUGCAGGCUCUGCACCUAAUCAACUUAUUAGUUGUUCAAGUAGAUGUUGAUUAUGUACUCAUAGGUCUGAUGGGCUGUGUGCACAACACAUACCAGAUUAUGCUACUUUCAACUUUUCUAAUCCAGUAAUUUCUUCAAGUA